CAAUAAGGAGCCGAGUCGCCCGAUAAAUAUAUGAUCAAUUCCUCAUCUAACACAGAAGAUAUUCAUUUGAACAACAAAACAAAUACCUCUCUGGAUUUAGCCAUGGCGGAUAAGACCUUCAAGUAUGUGAUUGUCGGCGGUGGCGUCGCGGCUGGAUAUGCAGCUAGGGAAUUCGCAAAACAGGGACUAAAUGCUGGAGAGUUGGCAAUUAUAUCCAAGGAGGCGGUUGCUCCUUAUGAACGUCCAGCUCUCAGCAAAGCCUAUCUAUUUCCCGAGUCACCUGCUAGAUUACCGGGGUUCCAUGUAUGUGUUGGAAGUGGUGGGGAGAGGCUGCUUCCAGAGUGGUACAAGGAAAAAGGGAUCGAGUUGAUUCUUAGUACAGAAAUUGUUGAAGCAAAUCUCUCUGCCAAGACACUCAAAAGUGCUUCUGGGGCAAUUUUUAAGUAUCAGAUUUUGAUUAUUGCCACUGGUUCUACCGCAAUAAGAUUGUCAGACUUUGGAGUUCAAGGAGCUGAUGCCAAAAACAUUUUUUAUUUGAGAGAAAUUGUCGAUGCUGAUCAACUAGUUGAAGCAAUCAAAACAAAGAAAAAUGGAAAAGUGGUUGUUGUUGGAGGAGGAUACAUAGGUCUUGAGCUUGGUGCAGCGUUGAGAAUGAACAACUUUGAUGUCAGCAUGGUUUAUCCUGAACCAUGGUGCAUGCCCCGGCUGUUCACUCCUGCAAUAGCUGCUUUCUAUGAAGGUUAUUAUGCAAAAAAAGGAGUCACAAUCAUUAAAGGCACAGUCGCUGUAGGCUUCACUGUUGAUGCUAAUGGAGAGGUCAAGGAAGUGAAACUUAAAGACGGGCGGGUUUUAGAAGCAGACAUUGUUGUUGUUGGUGUUGGUGGACGACCCUUGACAAACUUGUUCAAGGGCCAAGUCGAAGAAGAAAAAGGAGGCAUUAAGACUGAUGGAUUCUUCAAAACGAGUGUUCCUGAUGUGUAUGCCGUGGGCGAUGUAGCUACUUUUCCUUUGAAGCUUUACAGUGAAUUGAGAAGAGUCGAGCAUGUUGACCAUUCUCGCAAAUCAGCAGAGCAAGCUGUAAAGGCCAUCAAGGCGAGCGAAGCGGGCAAGGCCGUCGAGGAGUAUGACUAUCUACCAUACUUCUACUCUCGAUCCUUCGAUUUGUCGUGGCAGUUCUACGGGGAUAACGUUGGAAACGCGGUGUUGUUCGGAGACAGCAGUCCUGAAUCAGCAACUCACAAGUUUGGAUCAUAUUGGAUUAAAGAUGGGAAGGUUGUGGGAGCUUUCUUAGAGGGUGGUAGUCCUGAAGAAAACAAGGCCAUUGCCAAAGUUGCAAGUGUUCAGCCAUCAGUUGAGAACGCAGAUCUGCUGAUACAGGAAGGUAUCUCCUUUGCAUCUAAGGUUUAAAAAUUUCUUCCAUUCACACCAUUAACUCAAUAAAUUCAGGUGCUUAGACUGAAUAUUUGAUCUUCAUAUAGCAAUGAACUCUCUCUAGUUUCUUAACUCUGUCUGUUUGUCAUUGGAAAAUCGAACUGAAUCUUAGAACUAAAUUUAUCGAAGAUUUUAAAUUUAGUGUUG